GCAUGACCAGCAGGGGUAGGUUAGUGCAUGUGGACUACACACACACACACACUAGUAAAGACAAGGACAGACGAGCUGCUUGUGGACUGUACUCAGAGCCUGGAGUCUUUGCACUGAACCAGACGGAGUUAUGUACUGUGCUCAUCCUGUCUCUGGCACAGGCAACAACAACUCAUUGAUGUAUUGCUACAACAUGAAACCAGUUUACGGGCAGUCUCCCACUAAUGACGACAUCAACCAGAACCCAUCUUCACAUCCGUCCAGCAAGGCCCACAGCAAUGUGUUUGCAAGCACCUUCUUUGAGGGGACGAGCAAUUCGCCUGACAUCUGGAACGCUGUAAAUGGGCUGAACCAGCAGGGCUAUGAAGGUGCACUGGGAGCAGCCACGAACCACCAAACACAGCCGGGGAGCUACAGCAGCAGCCUGCAGCCGCCACAACACAGUCACAUGGACUACUCUCCACAUUCAGUGAUGACUGCCGACAUUAACAGGGGUCUCCCACCAAUGUCCACUUUUCACCGCAACAACACAGCACCACGCAACAACACCUCAGAGAGUCCAACAGGAAGCAAGAUGCAUGUGUCUGGAGGGUCACAGACGGGCGAUACGUUAGCCAAAGCUCUGGCCUCUAUUUACUCCCCCGAUCACACCAGCAGCAGCUUCCCCUCCAGCUCGUCCACACCGGUGAGGUCUCCGUCCCCGCUGCAGAACGCAGCUGAACCUGCAGGUACCAACAUGUGGCCCCGGAGUUCAGUUCAGGGACCAGUCUCACCACACUAUGAGUCUUCACUCAUAUCAUUGUCUCAGGUGGAGGACCGACUGGACAGACUGGACGAUGUGAUCCACGUCCUGAGGAACCACGCUGUGGGCCCCCAACCCGGCAUGCCCUCUGACAUCCACGGCCUGCUAAACCAGAACCUCCACGGCCACCUGGGAUCUACCAGCCAUAUACCGCUCACUUGCCACGCUUCAGCCAUGGUUGAAGCUGUCAAUAUGAACAACAACCACUCAGCCUUCCAGAGCCGCACACAAAAUGGCCACCCGUACCCAGCCAGACAGAGGGCCACGCUGCAGCCCAUGCAAAGUGGAGGAGGUCUGCAGAGUAAUCUGGAGCUGAAGAUGGAAAGCCGGGAAAGGGAAGAGAUGAUGCACAGCUCUGACAGCCAGAGAUCAGAUGAGGAGAGCGAACUCAAAACACAAGGAGAAAACAGCGGAUGUAACAGCAUCCACGAGGAUGGGGAUGAGGAUCUGAGCCCGGAGCAGAAGGCCGAGCGUGAGAAAGACAGGAGGAUGGCCAACAACGCCCGGGAGCGUCUGCGUGUGCGGGACAUCAACGAGGCCUUCAAGGAGCUGGGUCACAUGUGUCAGCUGCACCUGAAGAGCGAGAAGCCGCAGACCAAGCUGCUGGUGCUGCACCAAGCCGUGGGGGUGAUCCUCAGCCUGGAACAACAAGUCAGAGAGAGGAACCUGAAUCCGAAAGCAGCGUGUCUGCGGAGGAGAGAGGAAGAGAAGGCGUCUGCAGCCAUGACGGAUCCACAGUCCAUGCAUCUCGCUUUCCAUCCCAGUCUGACGGACCCAACAAAUCCCAUGGGCCAUCUCUGAGCAUCUGAUUACAACUACAUCAAACCCAGCAUCAAAAUGUUGAGUGAACAGCAUCCCAGGAAGCAUCCAGCUGUUUUGGACGACCAGCGUUUCUUCUGAAUUCGGACCAGAGCGGAGAACAAUCAUCUCCUCGCUUCCCAAACGGACUUCUAACUUUGUGCCUAAACUUUACUUGUAUCAGACAAAAUGCAUUGUACGCUGCAGAUGUUUUGUAUAUAUUUUGUAUAUUUAUUGAUUAUCUCUCUGUUUUGAAUAUAUCUGAGAGAAUGAGACCCGCUAGUGACGAGAUGUCACCUGCAGUUUUUGAUUUUUGGCAGAACCAGAUUAUGUUUCUGACUGACUUUUACAGUGUAUCACUAUUAACCACGUACACUCCUGAUUCCCACCGAGCUCAGAGGACCGACAUUCCCACAUUUGUGCGUUCAGACAACAGAUUUCAUUUGUCCUGUGGUGUGAGUGGGAGUGUGAACUGUUGUGUGCGUGCGUGUGUGUGUGUUGCAGGAGUUUGACCAUUCUGUGAAUGAACAGAUCUCCGAGAAUGUUCUUUAACACAGCGGCAUCAUCUGUUAUUUGUAUAUUUGUGUUAUAGCACUGUUAAAAGGAUAACACUUAAUGAUACACUGGUAUCUUCUUCUCAGUGUAAUUAACGCUCUUCAGACGUAGUCGAAGCUCUUUGCAUGUUUGAGUUUUUAAUAGAACAUUAAUUUUUCUAAGUUAUGUAACUUAUCUUUUAUACAAAUAUUGUGAGUUUCAUAAUGUCUCUCUAUUUACUUUUACACAGAAAAACCCUUCCUUUUUUGUGCAGUUUUACUAGAUGUAGCCACAAUGUCAUGCUCUGAGCAAUACAGUAUUACAGAAUAAUUGAUGUCUUGUUUGCUUAUCACAUUGCUGAACAAAUAAUAAUCACAAAUAAUCUCCUAUCAUAACAUGUACAGUAUGUGUACAGUUUGAAGUAGCCCACAGGCAUGUGUCGAAAUGAUAAAGUAGCAAUAAAUGUCUUUUUUCAAAUA